AUGGUACCCCACGCAACAGAUUCAAUCUCUUCGGCCAAUCGAUCGGAAACUAAUGGUACUUCUCGCAUUGGGAAUGGCGAUGCUGCCACUGUCCUCAUUGUCGGAUCGGGGAUUGGAGGCUUAAUGACUGCAUUGCAGUGUUGGCGGAAAGGACUUUCGAUCAAGAGUUUGGAGAGAAGUGCGGGACCAGUCUACACAGAGGAUAAUCUGACCAUUCAACCCAGCGCCAUGUCAAUAUUCCGCCAUUGGCCCGAGCUCUGCAAGGAGAUCGAAGAAGAGCAGUAUGACUGCUGGAUGUCCGACUACAGGCACUCGGGCCAGCACAUCUACGGCCCUAAACCGCCAAGCUUCAAUGAUCCCGAGAACACCGUUGGACGCAACGGCCCCCGUUGCGUUUAUGCAAAGCCGUUGCAAACCUAG